AACGACCAUAACGACCGUCAUCGCCAAUAAAAGGCGGUGAAAGAGGUUACGUGAGUUGAGUGUAUUGUAAAAAGUCUGGGUCUAGGUCGUGUAAGUCAUCUAGGUGAUCUAGGUUGUGUCUUGUAUUAAGAAGAGUCUGGAAAUGGCGGAAGUAUUGGCAGUACCACUGAAGAAGCCUUCAGAAGUAGAUAUUGUAAAACCAUUAAAAAAUUUAAUUUCAUCUUCCUAUAGCACAACUGACAACCCUCAAGACUAUGGUGAAGCAAUAAACGAAUUUAAUAAGCUGCGUACUAAUGCCAUUUGGCGUGUUUUCGAGAAGUAUGAAAGUUCUUUGGAAAUUGUGUACAGUUACUAUGAUCAACUCUGUGCCCUGGAAGGAAAAAUUCCUUCCCAUGAAGUUCAGAUUCCUUUUAAGUGGAAAGAUGCUUUCGAUAAGGGUUCGAUCUUCGGUGGAAGAAUUAGCCUGACUGUAUCAUCUCUUGCAUAUGAGAAGGUCUGUAUACUUUUCAAUAUAGCUGCCCUACAGAGUUCAGUUGCUGCAGCUCAGAGUAUUGAAAAUGAUGAUGGAUUAAAAUUAGCUGCAAAACUGUUUCAGCAAGCUGCUGGAAUUUUCAGUCAUCUGAAAGGCACUGUUAUGCUUGCAAUCCAGCAAGAACCAACCCCAGACCUGAAUCCAGAAACUCUUGGAGCAUUAUCUGCUCUCAUGUUAGCACAAGGACAAGAAAUCUUCGUACAGAAGGCAAUACAUGAUAAGAUGAAGGAUGCAGUAAUUGCCAAAUUGAGUUCUCAGUGUGAAGAACUGUACGUGGAAGUAUUGAAACAAUUUCAAAAGGAAUUACUCAGGCCUCUGUGGGAUAAAGAUUGGAUUCCAACUGUGGCUGGAAAGCAGGCAGCAUACCAUGGUCUCACUGAGUAUUAUCAGAGUCUUGUAUGUAAAGCAAACAAAAGUGUUGGUGAAGAAAUAGCAAGACUUGAACAUGCCUUGGAAUUGUUUAAAGCAGCACAACAAAGGUCAGGAAAACCUUCCUACUUUCAAGACUAUGCAAAUAAAGCACAACGGAAUCUAACUGAAGCCAAAAAAGACAAUGACUUCAUAUACCAUGAGAGAAUUCCAGAUGUAAAAUCCCUACCUACUGUUGGGAAGGCAAUGUUAGCUAAAUCUUUGCCAGUUCCAGAGAGACUGAGUCAGAACUUUAAAGAUUUGUUUGAAGAGCUGGUGCCUGUCACUGUUCAUCAGGCUAUGACUGCAUAUGAUGGCAGGAAGACUGAAAUUUUGAACACUGAAAUAAUGAAAUUACGGGAGAGUACACAAUUUCUUAACAGUGUUCUGGCAUCACUGAAUCUUCCUGCCGCUUUAGAAGAUAUGUCUGGGAAUUCACUGCCACAGUCACUUGUUGAUAAAGCAGUAUCUGUAAGGAGUAACGGUGGCAUUCAGGAGUUGGAGAGAAUGAUGCGUGAACUGCCAGAUCUUCUACAAAGGAAUAAGGAGAUUCUUGAUGAGACUGAAAGAAUGACUCGCAAUGAGAAAGAAUCAGAUGACCAACUGCGUGAGCAGUUCAAGGAGCGUUGGACCCGUACUCCGUCAGACAAGUUAACAGAGACGUUCCAUGCCAAUAUGGCUAAAUAUCGUGAGAUCAUCAACAAUGCCAUGCAGGCUGACAAAUUAAUUCGGGAUAAAUUUGAGAGCCAUCAUCGAGGUAUCGAGUUGUUGAGUAAGGGUCCGGAUGAUUUGCUUGCUUUUGUACCAUCAGCAGGGCCUGGAGGAAACAAUGUAAAGAAUAGCUCAGCAGUUCACCAGCUUAGGAAACUCAUGGAAGAUGUGGAAACCAUCAAAGCAGAACGUGAUACAAUUGAAUGUGAGCUCAAGUCGGCAACAGUUGAUAUGAAAUCGACAUUUCUCAAUGCACUGGCACAAGAUGGAGCCAUCAAUGAACAAGCCAUUUCUGUGGAGAGUUUGGGCAGGGUGUUUGGACCUCUGCAGCGUCAAGUGAAGGAGAGUCUACAGAAACAGGAAGCUUUAGUGGUGGAUAUUCAGGCUCAAAAUACAGAAUUCUGUAAAGAGAAGUCUGGUGCCGGAGCUGCUGCGAACAGGGAAGCUGUGCUCAAGGAGUUGGCUGCAGCAUAUGAUGCCUUCAAUGAACUUAAAGGCAAUCUUUCUGAAGGAACAAAGUUCUACAAUGAUCUUACACAGAUUUUGGUAACGUUCCAGAACAAGAUUUCGGACUAUUGUUUUGCUCGAAAGACUGAGAAGGAGGAACUGAUGAAAGACUUGACACAGAGCAUUGGACGUCAAACUUUUGGUGCCACUCCAGCUGUUCCUGGCCAUCAUGCCCAAGCCCAAGGGGGUAAGAAGGAGCCUCCACCGAGACCUCCACCACCCACUGCUACUUCUAGCAGUGCAGCCAGUGUUCCUACACAACCAGCAUUGCCAUACCCUACAUACCCACAAGGGAUGCCUGUUCCCUAUGGAGCCACACCAGCUGCUCCUUACCCAACUUACAUGCCUCCACUCCUACCGGCCAGCUACAACCCCUACAGUACAGCACCAUACCCUCAACAAGGUUAUGGUGGUUUCCCUGCAUACCUUCCAUCUCAGUAUGGUGGUUAUCCCCACCCUCCACAGCAGCAACCUCCGCAAAAUCGUCCAUGGUGAAUGGAGGAAAGGUGUACAUACCGACCUGCAAUAAUGUUGCAUCAAGAAAGUGCUAUAUCUUCCUCUGAUAAUUAUUUUAAUCGCUUGAUUUAGAACUAUAAAAAUGGAAAUAAAAGAAAGGGCUCAAAUCAAAGGAACCAUAAUUUUGUUAUAAGUUGAUUACACAGGGUUUUGACUGUUUGUGCAAUGUGAACAUGCUGGUUCUUAAAAAAUCGUGAUUGAAAAUAAAUGCAUUUUUAUUGUCUGCAAAGAAAGGGUAUAUAAGGCUACUACUACUUUUACUUGGCUUUCCUAGGUCAGUACCUAGUGAAACAAAUGCAUCUGUGAAAGAAAAAUCUUAUAUCAUGGUGAGAUGUAUCAUUAAUUAUAAUCAGGACACUGAUAUGAAGUGCAUGUAAAUGAAAUUAUGUACAAGUAUGGAGUGCCUAACUUGUAUCUUGAACAUAGCAUACUCUUGAAACUUCAAAGACCUGCAUUUUCCUAUGGGAACAUUUAUAGCAUACCAGUUUAAGAGGAAAUAUUGUAAUAAUUUUUUAAAAAUAGUAUGUUGUACCACUUUGUAUUACUGUAAUGUUCUUUCUUUUCUCAAAAUAUUAUUGUAUAAUAAUUA